AGUUAUGUGUCGAAAGAUUUCGACAUGCAGCCACUCUUCCUGCAGGAAGACAUCUAUUAGAUUUGGAGUUUGUGCCCCAAAUUCGUCAAGAGGGCUUCCUUUUCAUGGAUCCUCUGUUGGUGUUGUUAGGUGAUCUGGAUUCUCGCGAAGCGAUAUGGAUUUUUAAUUACCUUCCAUGUCAACAUCGAGACCUUAGAGGACGUUCCUUACUGAAAGGGCUGGUCGGAUUAGGCAGUCGUCUCCGAGCAUCCAUUCCAACGGCUCCACCACGGAUAGUAGCAGUGCUAGAAUGGUUCAUGAUGGCGUUGGAGACCGAUGACGAAUAA